AUGGAGGAACGUUUAAAUUCAUCUGAGUUUGAAAAACUGCAGCAACUUCGAAAUUUUUACCCAUGGAUAUCUGAAUUAUUGCCAGGAAUUGAGGAUUUCCUGUGCAGGGUUUUAGCUGGUGAGGGGCUGUCAGGGCCUGCCGAGGAGCAGCGCCUCUACUUCAUAGAACGCCUCGACAUUCUCAAGCUACCCCCCUCUCUACCUCCACGACACUCAGCUGGUGCCUUAAACGAUUUAUCGCCAAUAAAGAUUUCUCCGACAAAGGAGCCUUUACCACCGUCCCCUAAUAGGGAGCUGCCAAAGUCGCCAUCCCCUAAAAGGGAGCUUGUCAAAUCCCCAAGCUGUCAGAGUCAUGCGGUCUCUGAUAUCAAUGAGGAUGACUUUGCUGCCUACCAGCGAGAGAUUUCCCGUGCCCUGCUGGCCAAGAGCCCUGAUGUCAUCACAGCAGGAGAUGCCAAUGAUGACGACGAUGAAGAUGAAAAGGGUGUGAAGGUUUAUGAUGACAUUGACAUUGACCAGAUUCUUGCAGAAAACCAAGAAAACACAAGAAGAAAUUCUGAAGGGAAUGAAGAAACCAACCUCUACGAAAUUCCUGUGUUAAAACGACUUCCUUUCCAAGAUGAAAACAGUGAUGGGAAAUCAGAAAGACCAAACAAAGAUGGUCUCGGUGAAUCUAUAUCAACAGAACCAGGCAAUACAGAAAAAGGAGAUGCCAUGCCUCCACCUCUACCCCCACCUCUCCCUCCUCGCAGAGAACGAGCUCUUUCAGAUGCUCAGAGCCGGAGUUCUGCUGGAAGUGUCUUGGAGGAUAAACCACCAAGUUUGCCAGAAAGACCAAAUCUACCUUCAAAAUCAGAGAUUUACAAACACGAUUCCAAAUCCGAGAAAUCGCUUGAUACCAUGGAUGAGCUUGACAAUUGUGACGGGACGUCUUAUGAGUCUUACGAGGAAGAAUACCAACAACAAGAUGUUGACGCCAUGAACAAGUUCAACAUCAAACUACCAAAGCCUUUAAAGAAAUCUAAGAGAAACCAGAAAAUUUCGAAGUCUCGCUCCUCCAAGGAAUGGGAUAUUGCUCUGCCAUUCAGCUGUCUAGAGGAGGUGACUUUGUCAGGAGAGCUUCAGUACAAAGGGAAGUUAUCCUGGACACGGAAGCUGAUAGCUCUCACAGACGGACGGAUGGUGUGUUACAAACCAGACAAAGCUGACAGUAAACCCGCUCUUGUGAUCAACUUGACUGGAUAUGAUGCUAGCUUUGUGGAGCGUGAUAAUCACCGAGGCUUUGAUAUCCGUCUGAUGCAUCCGGCUAUGGAAUUGCAUCACUUCUUAACCGACUUCAAGGACUGGGCCAACAUGUGGUGUGAGUAUGUGAAUCACAUGUCCCAGGGUAAACCUCCACCUGGUCAGUAUCAUCACCUCGCACGCGGCUCCACCUUCACUGGCCUGGCAGCCAGUCAUGUGUAUGGUAGUAAGACUGACAUUGGCCAUUCUGCAUCCAACCUCUCCACAUGUAGCAGUGAUAACCAAGAAUUUGAUCCUUCAUCUCUUAAACGUCGUAAACGAAAACAUUCCAGAAAAGUCAGUAGAAUGGGAUCAAUAGCGUUUCGUGCCACACAGUUUUUUGAAAACAUUGGUAAAAAGCCGACUACAAAGAAGUCCGCGUCCUUCCACAGUCCGUCAACUAUGAGCCUUGGAGACCUACAGGAGACACGGAUGAGUACAUGUAGUGACUCCCUAGGAUUCUCUCCCCUUCCCACUCCAACCUCGUCUGUUCCUGAUACGCCAGUCUUCCUGGAACCCACAAAUGACAACAGCUUUACAAGGUCUCCUGUGGAGAAAAAAAUGUGCCAUAUUGACCCACGUAUUAAACAUCAAGGCUAUCUGCACAUCUACAGCAGUUUCAACCGGAGACGUUGGGGGCGUCGCUGGUGUGUGAUACGUGGCAGUAUGUUUGAGUGUUACCGUACAAAAAACAGUACUGUAUGUGAACUCGAGGUCUGGCUACGAAACUGUUUCCUGCGCCGUGCCACUGAGGAGACAAAGAGUGAACUAGGACUGAUGUUGGUAGAGAAAGAAGUGGAGAAAAUUACAGUAGAGCCCCUUGACCGGUCCGAGAUGGGGAGCUGGUUACGGUCGCUGAUGAAUGAGAGUAUGACACAGCAGAUUCCUGAAGGGCUGGAGGAAAUGUGGGAAGACGAGUCGCCGUACCACGACAUCAAAACAGAGGACCUUAACUCAUCAGAUGGCUUCCAUUACGAGGACCCUCCUGAACCUCCAGCACGUCCUUUCCAUCAUUAUGACCUUGGUGACAAUGAUACCAUCACCUCACUGGACUUCAACAACUCGCUUCGUCUGAACUCUCCUGGCGAGGGUCACACAGAAGGUGUUAGUCCACGUGUACGUGGUGAGGUGACUGGUGAUUUGUAUACACAGGUACGGAAGAGUUCCACGGGGACGCUAGAAGAAGAAGAAAACAAUGCGACGUCUGUGAUAAACAAUAGGUCUCUGUCGAAGACGGAAGAAAUUCAUUCAUCCUUCUCCUCACCAAGGGGAGCUAACUCACCACUUGGAAACAGGUCUGUGUUUGGUACUUCAUAUCAAGGAGAUGACGAUAGCGGAGAAAGUAGUAUGUUCGCUGAUAUUUUAACCAAAAUCAACCGUCAUUUUAGUAGAGAAAAUGAUCAGAAGGACCUUGACAGCCUGAAUCAAGAUAAUUUUCGAAUAGAAAGUGAUCAUUUCAGUUCGGAAAAUGAACAUUUUACAGCUAGCUCAGAAAACACACAAGAUGAUAUAGAACAUUUAUUAUGUGAAAACGGACUUAAUGAAAUUGUGGAAGAUAGUGACUCAGAUAAAAAUACAGAUACUGCAUACAACAGUGGCGUUAACUCGGAAAACAGUUCCCUGGAACGGAAGAACCGAGGCAGUGAUCAAGGAUCUCUUACACAUUCCCAGAACGACCUUGACACCAUGAGUCAGGCGACCGACAUACUUGUGAGUCCCCUUGAGGACUCGGUUUCUUUUCCUGACUCGAAUAACCUAGUACAUAUAGAGGUCACGAGUCCUAGUGAGGAUUCAAACUGUCAAAAUAUGGACCAGUCAGAUAAUGGAAUUUCCUUAUUGGACCAAUCAGAUGCUGGCGAUUCUGUGCAUGUGAUUGAAGUCAUGGAGGAUGACAAGACAGGCUUCAGUGGUUCGGAAAACAAGAAGGAUUCGAUAGAUAAUAAAGCAUCCCGUGAUCAAUGUGAUUCAGCAAUAUAUGAGGCGGAGAUUGACUGUGAGGAGCCAGCACAGGUGACAUUACAGAAAGUGGAGCAGCUACGUACACAUCUCGUGGAACUGAAGGAAAAAAGAAUAUUGGUGCGUGAUCAGAAGAAUCAGAUGGAGACUGGAUGUGAGCGCGACUCCCUGGAGGAGGAAUAUCUCCAACUUGAUCAUGAGUGUAAACACGUUGCCACACAGAUCUCCAUCUUGGAGCAGCAAGUGGCCUGA